AUGGAAGUCCUCCCACUCCAGCUCUGCAGACACCACACCAUCGUCCCCACCCCCCACACUCCCACCCUGAGAAACGAUGAUAAAAUCUGUGGCGAUUCAUUCUUUCCCUGCAGCCCCAGGAGCAGCAAGGUUUGCAGGGACAAGACGCCCGUCAACGUCCAAGCCCUGAAAAAGAAGGUCGGCCAGGUCACAUGCCACCCGGCGGUGCGAGCUGUCCUCAGCAGCCUGCUGCUCUACCUGACCGACCGCGAGGACGCGGCCCCGGAGCCUCCUGCCGCCCGGAGGGCACAGGGCAUGGCUAGCCGGGCCCCUGAGCCCCAGGACGCCCAGCGGCGGCCCACGCGCUUCCAGCUGCUCCAGGCCAGGUUCAUGGGCAGCGGCCGCGAGCCCCGCCUCAAGAGGACCCGGGAGGUGGGGCGGCUGAUCUUCAGGGACAAGCAGGGCCCUGGCAGGGGCGUGGUGGCGGCCACCAUCCACAAGCUGCUGGAGAAGGCCGGGGAGGCGGACGGUCGCCCAGCCCCCGGCAGGGAGCCCCCGGGCCGCGAGAAGCCGCGGGCCCUCCCGGCUGGGAGGAGCUCGGUGAAGAGCAUCCUGAAGGUGUUCCUGGCCGCGGAGGAGAAGCAGGCCGCGGAGCAGCCUCCCGUGGAGCCGCCCGCAGCCGUAGGGGGCCCGGCCGUGAAGCCGAAGGUGAAGGCGGGUGGGCGGAGCGCGGCGCUGGCCAGGCUGCGGGAGAAGUUGGCACAGAGCGGCGGCCUGUGCGCGGAGGCCGGCCUCCUGCCGCGGCGCGCGGAGGAGCGCACCAAGAAGCGCACGCCGCGCAGGCCGCUGCACCGGCCGGAGCUGCGCGUCCUCCGCGUGGCCACCCUGGCCAGCAGCUGCCUCCGCGCGCCGCCCGCCCGCCUCCUGGCCUGCUCCACCGAGCCUGCGCUGCCCUUCAGCGUCGCCACCGUGGUCUGCGGGCCCCGAAGCUGGCUGUCCCACGGCACCCGAGUCACCCACACGGGCGUGGGCCGUGCGCCCCGAGGGGACACAGGCACCUCCCCUGACGCGGCAGAGAACCCCGGAGGGAGCGGAGAGCCGGGGUGGCGGCCCCCGCAGCCCUCCACGCCCCGGCUCGCAGCUUCCAGGGACGGCCUGGAGACAGGGCUCCCAGGUGUGGAGGCCGAGUGUGUCCCCCCAGCAACCCCCGCUGCCGCCUCCCCCGGGGGCGAAGCGCAUCCUGGCCGCAAGCCUGCGAGCUCCGCGCUGGGCCCAGCCAGCCCAGGCGGUCAGGGGGCUGCUCAGGGGGCCGGGGAAGUAAGCCUGGGGCCGCGGCCAGGACUCUCCGGAGGCGGCGCGGGGGCUGGCCCCGAGGUCACCUUGACCGUGUGCAGCUCAGAGGACGAGAUGGACACAGCGAGUGUGGACUGGGUGCCAGAGCCCCUCUUCUCCGUCCAGGAGAGUUUCCGAGAGGAGAAGGCGCCCGGAUACAUCCCCCCACUGGCCGCACUCACCGCACCCUCCGCGCAGGCCGCGCGGCGCACACAACCCGCCAUGGAGCCCCCGCAGGUCACGGUCAGACUCCCGGUGGUGCACACGAUGCCGCCCCCUCCCGCCACCCCGCAAAGGGCGCCAGGAGACCAAGGCUGGGGUCCUCUGGGCAGGGUCAUUGAGACUGGAAACCCAGGCGCCCCACAUUCCCCCACCGCCGAGAGCGGGAGCCGGGGUGCGCCUCCGCAGGGCGCAGGGGCGGAGCCGAGGCUCGCAGCCACACGCGGUACUGCUGCCCGCGGUCCAGACCUCCCCGCCGCCGUCUCCACGACGGGGCCACAGAACAGCUCCUUGGGAGGAAAGGACGCCAGACCUGGGCCUGGGGCCUCACAAUGGCUCCUGAAGCCCAAGGACGUGCGUGGGGAGGACUCGCGUGGAGAGGACUCGGGUGGGGAGGACGCGUCCCCCCUGAGUUCUGAGCCGCCUCUGCGGUCAGAACCGCAGGGACGGCCAGGCGGCGACGCCGGUGCCUGGGAGAACCGCGGGAGGGGCCACACGGGCUGUGCACCCGGGGGCCAGCAAGCGCCAGCGCCCACCGCUCGCGGCAGCAAGAGCGGGACGCGCGUCCCCGCGUGGCCUCCGGCACCGGCUGGGGCUGGGGAGAGGCCCGAGAGCCCCGUGCACAGGGGCCCCCCGAGCGAGCAGGAAGGCCGCGGGAGGCCCCCGCCACGCCCGGAGUCAGCUGGGUGCGCGCCUACAGCUGCAGGGAGCGCUGGCAGUGAUCUCGGUGAGGAGAGAGCCUCCUCCUCAAAUGAAAAGACACCGCCGGGUGUCAGAGCCCCCAGGCAGGAGCCAGUGGGCAGCGCCUCCCGGAAUCCCCCAGCCCCGAGCCCCAGAAACUUGGCAGCUGGGCUGCGGGAGGGUAAGGGGGCUGGGUGGCCCACAGGCCCGGGCCUCAUGGGUGUCGUGCCUGAGGAGUCUUCUGGCCAGCCUGGCGGCCACAGCUCAGCCUUGGGGUCCCCGCCCGGCCCCACUCAGGAGGCCCCCGGCGUGCCGACUCUGGCCGUCCAGCCCCACCUGGUGGCUCCGGGUCAACUGGCCACAGGUGACGUGGCCACAGGUGGAGUGAAGGUGGAGGCAGGAGACAGAGUCACAGGCUCUGCGCGGCAGAGGCCUCGGGGGGACAGCCUGGAGCUCCCAACUCCAGCCCCAGGCCUGCCGGAGCCACAGGGGACCCACGGGGCAGGGACUCCAAGGCCGCAGCUUCCUGAGACGCAGCAGGCAGAGGGCAGGGCGGGCCUCUCGUCCAGUGAACAGCUUCCCCUCAGUGCCAGGCCUUCCCACCAGCCCGGCCCCUCGUCCGCAGCAGCAGACGGGCGAUGGGGGGACAGGGUGGCCCCCAAGCACCCUGACCUCCAGGCUUCCGGGCAAGUGGAGGGAGGGGAGCAGGCUGGUCUGGGGACUCGAGAGAGUCGGCGUGGACGAGAGGAGGGGUCCCCAGGGGCUGUGAGUCGGGAUGGUUCUGGAAGGAAGGGAGAAGGCCUUCGGGGUGAGAGGUCCGGCUCGCGAGGGGUCAGGGAGUCUGGGAGCAGGCCCCCGGAGGAGGCUCUUGGUAGGCAUGCCGGGAAGGGCCCAGAACUCCCUCGGAGGCAGCAGGCGGGGCAUGCCAAGGGUCUCCCGGAGGAGCGGAGGGCCCCGGCUGCAGAGAGCAAAGCCCCUUCCCUCUCGGGGAGCCCCGCACUCCCAGCGCAGGCCCAGGUGAGCCAGAUGGUGCCUCCCAAUUCAGCACGGCCCGCAAGUGGCUCGGGGGGAGUGACGCUCGCAGCGGGCAGAAAUGAGGCACCCCAGGUUCCAGCCCCCAGGGGUGGUCAGGGGGGCCCCCGAGUGCUACUGGGAGAAGGCCAGAGCCCGGCAGCACCCAGCCCCCGGGAGGGGGAGAUCCAGGCACCCUCCAGCAUCCAGAAAGGGCAGACCUGGGUGUCCCCCAGUCUCAGGAAGGGGCAGAGCCGGGCACCCCCCAGUAUCCAGGAGGGGCAGAGCCAGGCGGCUCCCAGCCCCUGGGAGGGGCAGAGCCAGGUGGCCCCCAGCAUCCAGAAUGGGCAGAGCCAGGCAGCCCCCAGUCCCUGGGAAGGGGAAAUCCACGCACCCUCCAGCAUCCAGAAGGGGCAGACCUGGGUAUCCCCCAGUCUCAGGAAGGGGCAGAGUCGGGCACCCUCCAGUAUCCAGGAGGGACGGAGCCAGGCGGGCCCCAGCCCCGGGGAGAGAGAGAUCCAGGCACCCUCCAGCAUCCAGGAGGGGCAGAGUCGGGCAGCCCCCAGUCUCAGGAAGGGGCAGAGCUUGGAGGGGCAGAGUCCGGCAGCCCCCAGCCCCCAGGAGGGGGAGAUCCAGGCACCCUCCAGCAUCCAGAAAGGGCAGACCUGGGUGUCCCCCAGUCUCAGGAAGGGGCAGAGCCAGGCGCCCUCCAGUAUCCAGGAGGGACGGAGCCAGGCGGGCCCCAGCCCCGGGGAGAGAGAGAUCCAGGCACCCUCCGGCAUCCAGAAAGGGCAGACCUGGGUGUCCCCCAGUCUCAGGAAGGGGCAGAGCCGGGCACCCUCCAGUAUCCAGGAGGGGCAGAGCCAGGCGGCUCCCAGCCCCUGGGAGGGGCAGAGCCAGGUGGCCCCCAGCAUCCAGAAGGGGGAGACCUGGGUAUCCCCCAGUCUCAGGAAGGGGCAGAGUCGGGCACCCUCCAGUAUCCAGGAGGGACGGAGCCAGGCAGGCCCCAGCCCCGGGGAGAGAGAGAUCCAGGCACCCUCCAGCAUCCAGGAGGGACGGAGUUGGGCAGCCCCCAGUCUCAGGAAGGGGCAGAGCUUGGAGGGGCAGAGUCUGGCAGCCCCCAGCCCCCAGGAGGGGGAGAUCCAGGCACCCUCCAGCAUCCAGAAGGGGCGGAGUCCAGCGGCCCCCAGCUUCCAGCCAGUGCCAGGCUCUGCAGUGCCCACACCCAAGCUGGGGAGCAGCCUUGUGCCCCGUGGCCCUGCCCAGGAGGGGCCCCCAGAUGCCCCCGGGGUGGGGCGUGGCAGGCGCGGGCCGCAGCUGGCCAAGUACCGAGCCCAGAGCUUCAGUGACCAGAGGUCCUUUGAGCUGUCUUUUAGGCCAACCAUCCUCAGGGCCAGCGACAAGUACAGGCCUCCGCAGUGACCCCGAGUGGCGUCAGAGGCCCAGAUCUCACUGGGGUCGGGCACGGCUGCUCCAGACCCCCCAGCCUGGCCAGAACCCACAGACCCGGUGGCCACUGACUCUCAGAGCCGUGAAAGGCCAUUCCUAGUGCUGCUCCCAGGCGCUUUCCCUCAGGGCCUGCUGAGCAGAGGGGCCCGUCACCCAGCUCAUCUGUCCCUCGGCCGUCAGAGCAGCGUCCGAGGGCCUGUGAGUCCUGCUGGGGCCUGGGCAGGCGCUGGCCCCGGGGCCGCCCACCUGCAGGGGCCAGGGUCGGCCCCCCGAGCUACAGACCCCGAAGGCCCUUAGACAGACCAGAACGUCCACUGAGAUGCAGCCAGUCGUGUCCGUGGAAACACCUGAGCCCCCCACCCCACCCUGAGCCUCUGAGGGGCCACCUCCCACGGCCCCCACUGCCGGCGACACCGUCCUCCCAGCAACCCCCCAGAAGAGAACAGAGAGACCCCCGAGGACUUGCUGGGGGUCAGUGUUCAGCUGGUCCUGGACCCCUGAAGAUUUGCUGGGGGUCAGUUUCAGCUGGUCCUGGAGACCCCUGAGGACUUGCUGGGGGUCAGUUUCAGCUGUCCGGGACCCCUGAGGACUUGCUGGGGGUCAGUCUCAGCUGUCCGCGACCCCUGAGGACUUGCUGGGGGUCCAUUUCAGCUGGUCCUGGAGAACCCUGAGGACUUGCUGGGGGUCAGUCUCAGCUGGUCCUGGACCCCUGAGGACUUGCUGGGGGUCCGUUUCAGCUGGUCUGGGGCCCCCGCCUGGACCACCGGGCCCUUCGAGCUUGGCUGGUGGACAGAGUGCUCACACUGCAAGUGGGAUGUCUCUUCUACAGAAGAAAGACCCUCGAGACCCCUGGGCUGAAACAAGCGUUGCGGCAGCGGUGGGCGGGCAGGUGGCCGACGUCUACAUCGGCGUCUUAGCAACGUGCUUUCUUAUGUUGAAGUAGCUCCUCGGCUCUUACCUCGAUUCAGCGCUUUCAGGCUCUGUCUACAGACCCGUCCGUGAGCCCCACGUGUGUAUGUAUGUGCGUGCUGCCCGAGGAGAAGACGCUGUCACCAGGAUCACGGGCGUGCGUUGUUAUUUCAGGUGCCCGGUCGGGAGCAGCGUCGCUCAGGAGUGUACAAAUUCAGCAUCGCGUAUUUGUGUAGUUAGGGCAUCUUUGCGGUUCGGUCGUGACUUUUUAAAUAUUUGAUUACAUAUUAACCGUCAGCUGUUGAUUCAACGUUCCUUAUUUUAUCCUCCUUUGUAUACAGGUUAGCUCUAAAAUGAUCCCUUAGGCAAGAAUUAACUAAAUAUAUUUUGUGGUAUUCUUUCCUUUGAAUUUCUACUAACUUUAUUCAGCUGGAAACCAUCUUGAGAAAGGAAAUAAAACAUGCGGCUCGCCACACA